CUGAGUAACAAGCCACAUCUACAGUAAUAGCAAUGGGUUUCUUCAACGUAGUAGUUUUGGCUUUAGCCGCCAUUUGCAGUCAAACAUAUGCCCAAUUUGGAAUGAAUUUUGGAAGACUACCAUUUGGUAACAAUUUCAUGGGAGGAAACCAGGGAGUGCGUACACCAGCUAUGGGUCUUUCAGGAUCAGCUAUGAUGGCAGGAAAUCAAAGAGAAUUGUUAACUUGUAUUGGAUCAACUGCCUCUGAUGAUUCUUUGAGAAUUACCUUCGAGAAAACACCAAAUAGAUUCAACCGCAACCAACUCGAGAUGAGCGCCAAGAUUUCUGCUGGUAUGAAUUCACAGUUGCAAGGAACCUUCCAACUCGUUGUAACUGAAUUUGGACAUAUUGAAGGUUACUGUGAUGCCAACAGCCUUGGACCAAUCAUGACCAGCCAAAGUCAGACACCAGCUCCAUUGAUGGGUCUCAAUUUCUGGAGAGGUACCGGAAGUGGAAACCGAGUCGUUGGAAUCAUUGGUGAUAGAUUCGACAUCUUCGCCCAGAAUACUGUCUCCAUCAAAGACACCAUCACCACCUUACCAGUUAACAACCUUCCAGGCUCCGGAAUUGCUUUGUGUGCUGCCAACGGAAUCAUAGGCAACCAAUGUAUGAACACUAUUCCACUCUGCUGUACCAUCAGUAGAGAUAAUAUGCCAGCAGAUUCUAUCAGACGAGGAAACGGUUUGAUGCAAGGAGCUGGUAUGGGUGGUAUGGGACAAGGAAACAUGAUGACUGAUAUGAACAACUUCUCACCAAUGGGAUCAAUGGGACCCAUGGGAUCAAUGGGAUCUAUGGGACCUAUGGGAUCAAUGGGACCUAUGGGAGGAAAUAUGGGAGCUCAACAACCAGUAUUAGGUCAAGCUCAAAAUCAACAAGGACCAGGAUCAAUGAUCUUCCCUGGAAAUGGACGAUAAACUAUGAUAAAUUACGCAAGCUCCCAACAGUAAAAGUUAUGUAUAAUUACAGUAAAAAGUUUGGUAAUGUUAUAAUUGGUUUGGGUUAAGGAAAACUGUCUCUACGUUCUUUAAUGUUACUUUAUCUAUUAGAAAUAUUCAAUUUUCACAAUAAAAUUACAUGAACUUGCAUUUUAUCUUCAGAACAAUGUCAGCAGGUCAAACAUACAGAUAUAUUGUAAUAUUUUAAGUAUUGAUAUUGAUUUUGAUUUGAAAUAUAUUUACUGCUUUUGGAAGAAGUAUUUUAAUAUAAAUCACUUAUUUUUGAAAAUACAUUUAUAAAAACCAACAGCAAUUUCCCUAUUUUAUCUACUAUAUUUUGAAAGAAAAAUUACCAUUUCGGAAAGAACAUUUCAAUUUUUGAAGAAAAAUUCUGGCAAUGUUCAGUAGGCCUAUUCUUGGUAAAUUAUGUUAACACCAAUAUAAACUUUGGCCAACUUUUUUUAACUCAUCUAUUCUUAAAAUAUAACAGGGGUUUUCAACUGGAGGGAAUUAACCCUAAGGAAAUAAUUUUUGAAAAUUGACAUGAAAACGAUUGCAGGUAAAAUCUAGGAGAGGGCCUCAUGUAAUCAAUCAAAGAUUCUGAAAGGAAUGAAAGAAAGAUAAAGUUUUAAAACAACUGGUCUAUAAAGAAGAUAUACAAUUAAAAAUUUUUGAAACUUUUAAUGUAAAUGAAAGCUUAAUCAAAACAGAGACAGACAUUCCAAUUGGUAGACAUUAUAAAUUUUUCUAAGCAUUAUUGUCUAGAAAUCAGACAAUAUCUAGUAUAUAAUUGUACUGCUGAAGUUUUUAGUUUAUUAAGUUUAUGUAUAAAACUCAUAUUGUCUCAUUUGUAAUUGUGAUAUUGAAUUGUCAAUUUAUUGUGAAUUAUUGAAAAAUAAAUAAUUGGUUUAGAAUUC